AACCACCCAACCUUCUUCUCCGGGGCUAUAAAAACAAUACUCUGGCUGUUGAUGCAACUCAGACGUGGGCAACCAAAGCCAGAGAAAAGAACUCAAAGUAGAGACACCUGUGAAACCCCAAAGUAAAUAAACAACAGAGUUUGGAGCCAUUCGAUUUGCCGGCAUCUUGCAUAACCAAAAGACUAAGAAAACAAAAACAAAAUGCAAUCCAUGGCCAGACAAUCCGCUAAAAUGUUUCCCCAGGUGGGAAAACAAGUGAGCUACCUUUCGACCAGUGCCUCCUGGAGGGCAGCAACUGGUGGCAACGACAUGGUUGUGGAGAUCAAGGAGCCGAAGACCCGCUCCGAGAAACUCAUGGCCUUCCAAAAGAAGCUGCGCGCCAAGACGCCGUUGGGCAAGCUGGACGAAUUCUCGAGGCAUCCCUUCCAGGAGAAGGAGCCCCUGAAGCCGUGGCCGAACCAAACGAAUCCCUACACCGGAGAGAUUGGAGGACCAUCUGGUCCGGAGCCAACGCGAUAUGGUGACUGGGAGCGAAAAGGUCGCGUCUCGGAUUUCUAGUCACCCCUUCCGAACAAGUUCCUUAAUUAGAAAAUAGGCUGUCAUUUAAAUGCUACCCACUAAGACUAAAAGCACAUGUAUACUCGAGUAAUAAUGUUUAAUGUUUAGUGUAUAAAUAGAAAAAAAAUACAAAAUAUUUUUGAAAAACUUAA